CUCUGUUGCUGUAGCUGUGUCACUAGGAGUCACCACAAGAGGGAGGGACUUAGCAGAAGGACAAUACUGGUGUUUAUGCAAUGGCCCCUGAGUGGCGGCUGGCUCUCGCAGAUUGCUUUCGCUUGACUACGGUUGCUGCACACAUUGUUGAAAUGAAGGGAAAGUGGACAGCUACAUCCAUUUUGUGAGCUAUACAAAAGGUGGAUGGCUGUGAAUGGAGCAGAGCUGAAAGAAGAUUUCAAAGAGAGGCUCAGUGAAAGGCAUGUGCAGAAUGUGACUGGGCACCAGAAAGAAAGAGUGAGAGGAGUGGAGAGAGGAUUAGCGAAAUAGAAGAGGAUGCAGAAGAGGAAAAGAGGUUGAGGUACAUACAUUAAGACAAGAAAAUGACAUGUUUUGAUGGUGGAUGUCAAAGGCAGUGAAUGGGAGCUGAUAAGCCCCUCAUCUUUCAGCUUGCUCCUUCAAGCAGUAUGACCUUUACUCUAAUUUACAGUAUAAUGCAGCACACAGACCAGACAAUGCUCCAGUUCUAGGGGCAAGUGGGCCUAGGUGGUGACACUUUGAAUUAAACGUCUGUGUGAGGAAUACUGGGUUGAGAAAAUUGCAAUUGUGAAUCCAAAAGCAAAAGAAGAGACCACUGGAUACUCUUUGUGAAAAUGACUGACCAUAAAGUCAGCCUUCCUGCUAAGCUGAUUAAUGGGGGAGUGGCAGGUCUAGUGGGCGUGACCUGUGUUUUUCCUAUUGAUCUUGCCAAGACUCGCCUCCAAAACCAGCAGGGGGCCCGUAUCUAUAGUGGGAUGCUGGACUGUUUGGUGAAGACUGUUAGAACAGAGGGUUACUUUGGGAUGUAUCGAGGUGCAGCAGUGAAUCUCACCCUUGUAACUCCAGAGAAGGCCAUCAAACUUGCUGCAAAUGACAUCUUCAGGCAGAAGCUUUCUAAAGAUGGAAAGCUGCCUCUUUGGGGAGAAAUUCUGGCUGGAUGUGGGGCAGGAACCUGCCAGGUGGUGGUGACAACACCAAUGGAGAUGCUGAAGAUCCAGUUGCAAGAUGCAGGCAGGUUGGCUGCACAGAAGUCAGCCACAACACCUACUGCUACUCCAGAGCCAGCUCCAUCACUAGUGGCACCACAGGCAUCCCAGUCUACCCCUAGGCCACGGCCCUCUGCCACUAACAUCACCCUGGAGCUUCUGAGGACUCGAGGCUUGGCUGGGCUUUACAGAGGAGCGGGGGCCACUCUACUCAGGGAUGUCCCCUUCUCAAUGAUCUACUUUCCACUGUUUGCCAACCUAAAUACGCUGGGCCGAAGUGAUCCAGGUUGCCCGGGAGAUGAACUAAAGCGAGCCCCCUUCCUGCACUCCUUCAUGUCAGGCUGCAUCGCUGGAUCAGUCGCAGCUGUGGCAGUCACGCCAUUAGAUGUUAUUAAAACUCGUCUACAGACCUUGCAAAAGGGUGAAGGAGAGGACUCUUACCGUGGCAUUCUAGACUGCAUACGACGUGUCCUGACUCGAGAAGGGCCUACAGCUUUCCUGAAGGGAGCUACGUGUCGUGCACUGGUCAUUGCCCCUCUCUUUGGCAUUGCACAAGGUGUCUACUUUUUGGGUGUAGGUGAAGAGUUGCUCAGCCUACUGGGAUAGCAAGAGGAACACUUUCCAACCAUGAAAAUAUACAGUUUCUUCAUGCAUU